UUUACCUGAUGAAAAUGAAACCUUGGAAAAAACAGUUAAAUUUCCCUUCCUUGCUUUGGAAAAGAUUUUCAUCCCGUUUUGUCUGAAAGUUGAUUCCUGUUCUACUGUUGGACAAUACUGUUGGUUUCAUCUUGUUCAAGCACUUCAGGCUGUUUUUGAAGAGGUUCAUCACCAUCCUUUGGCUACACAAUUGGCAGAUAAAUUGUUAAAAGCUAGAUUUGUCAGGCAUAUUUGGAAACUUAAAGUACUUGACAUUUCAAAUCAGUGUGAUAUUGCUGAAGUGCAAGAUUCCAGUAACCAAUGUUUGUGUGCAAUAUUCAAAUAUUUCGUAUUGGAACAAGAUUGUCCUGCUGUAUAUCUGAAACAUAUAGAAUCAGGAAUCAAGCUCCUUAACUCCCCUUUAGAAGAAUGUGCCAGUAUUUUGUCUCAGAAAUGCAGUUUAAUAGAAGAUACAAAUUUCGAAUUUGAUGGAGGUGGUGCUUCAUCUGCUCAAGCUGCAUUUCUUUUUGUAUGCUACAUAUCUUACUUGCAUGGAAAUUUAAUUGUGGAAGUCAAGUCUGCGAUACCUCAUUUAAUAUAUUUUAUUUCUUGCAAUUCUGAAAAACUUUCAUCUUCAUCUGUUAUGUUAAAGCAUUUGGUUUUACUUUGGGCUAUAUGUAUGUAUGAAUGCUAUAAGAAAAGCAACACAAAAUUGCAUGCAGGAUUUGAAGAAGCCAACUCAAUCAUUUGGGAUGUUUUGUUGAAAUUACCUGUACCUCUGGAUGUUUAUACGCAUCAUAAAGUAUUUCUUUGGUGGUGUGUUGCAACUAAUGAACAAAACUCCAUGAAUUCAUCUGUACUUUACUUGUGGAUAAAAUGUGGCCUUGAAGAUAUUUCCAAUGCUUCAAAUGAGAGUAUGAAAAUUGUCAUUGAACUUCUGCAAAAUAAUGAAUUAGCAAAACAAAUAUUUGUGAGUUUAUUUGAUUUUGAUUCAGAAAUGAAAGCAAAAAAUGUUUUCUCAUUCCUUCAACAAGUGUUUGAAUUUAGCCUUCCGAAGCAUGAAAAUAAAGUUCUUAUGAUAAACUUUCAAGAUAUGUUUGCUUUUUUAAUUCAGCACAUUCAAGUUGGCUUAGUAAAACUAUGCAUAAUGAGAAAGGAAAAAAUAUCCGAUGAUGAAAUGCUUUGCACUGGGCUGGAUUGUUUACUUUGGUGUUAUGAAAGGAUAAAUCCAAGUGAUGUGAUGCUUGACAUUAAGCUUCUUAUGCAUAUUAUAGGAUUGUGUUCUUCAUCUACGUUAAGUGCUAAAGAAAUGGUUUCAAGCCUGAGGUAUUUAAAACAUUCAGUGAAAAUAGAGACUGAUCAAAGAGCAUGGCAUAUUCUAACUGGGAAUUCCAAAAUAUCCAAAUUCUUAUACUAUACAUUUAAAUCAGAAGUUGAACUUGAAACUCUAUGCUUGCUGGAGUCUAUUUUACAUUGUCAAGUAAACAAAAAUUUAAAAAGUUCUCAACACAUAAAUAUUUCCUUCAACAGAUUUUUGAAAUGGCUGUACUUCCCAAAAAGUAGACACCCUGCAUACAGUUUGCUCAGCAGUCUGAUAAAAUUUGAGUUCAAAGAUGCAUUUGUUUUGAUUACAAACUGAAUCUACAAGUCAUAAUGAUGAAUUAAUCAAUAACUACUUGAAGUUUUUAAGCUUCAUCAGCAAGAAUAAUGUUCAACUAGAGGACCAUGUAAUGCUUCAACCAUGGAUAAAAAUUGUGCUGGAAUCUAAACUGGAUAUGACUGAAGCAUUUAUUUUAUUUGAAAAGUGGUUUAGUUACAGAAAAGUAAAUGAAUCACUAAUAGGAGUAAUUCAACAAUUUGCCAAUACAGUUGCCAAGAAACCAAGAACCGAAAUAAAGGAAGCCAUGAAAGAAAGCUUAAGUAAACUAUGUAAGGGAGCAUAUGAAAAUUACAUUUCAAAAGAAGUUAAAGAAACUGUUGAAGCUCUUCACGUUGAAAGAAAUGUAGUAGAAGCAACAGAAUCCAACUUAUUGUCUCAAGUCGAACAGUUCGUUUCUAGUUAUGUUCAGAAUAGUUCAUGACAUACAUUGUAAGUUUCAAAAAAAAAAAAAAAAGAGUGUGGUCUAAAUUGUCCUGGAAGAUAAAAUAUAUCAACAAAGUGUUAUUACUGCCAAUUUGCAAUGUUUUUGAAAGUAAUUAUAGACCAUUUUUUAUAUUGCUCAAUAUCCAUAAUUAAUGUGCUAAAAAUUUAAAAUAUG